ACGGCACCAGCUUGUGACCUGUGUCUGCUCGGCUAGGAACGAAGCGGUAGGCGGCCGCCGUCACUACGCGCUUCUCGCCAGUCCGUGCAUGAUCCUCUAGUGGUGCGCUCGCUCGUCUGAGCGCCACCAUGAUGCGCUCCGCGCUCUUGGUGUUGUUAGCAUCGUGCUCUGUAACUCUGGCCGAACAUAAUUAUGGCAUAUGCAAAAAUGAAUAUUGCGAGUGUUCUCCCGCCGGUCACCCAUCCUGGAUAAUGACAAACUGCACGCUGCCACCAGAUCAGAGGUUGGAUAUUCUGGACGGGGAUUUGUCGGAUAUGACAUCGGAUUUGCUGGUAACGGGAGGCGAAGCGCUGAUGUUGAGCGCCAACUCGCUAUCGCGGCUCAAAGAUUUGCGACGCGUUCGCUUAUCAGGCUCUAAACUUGUGGUGUUGCGCCGAAACGCCGCCGUCAACCUAAACGUCGUCAACGCCUUUCUCGAGAUCGACCAAUGUGAUGUCCUUAGAAUUGAAGAGAAAACUUUCAGCAACAUUAGAGGUCCGCUGACAGUUACUAUUAGAAAUUGUAAUUACGUAUCUAUGGAAGGCGACGCUUUCUCCUGGUUGCUGAAGAUCAGCAUCAGCAACGUUCGAAAUCUCAUACUGAGUACGGGCUCCUUUACAUUGGAUCCUACAGCGGCCAACGUAGGGGAGCAUGGCCCGGGCAUGUCGAUAGAGUUGAGAAACGCAACAGUUCCAGAGUUUCCGUCAAACACAUUCGGAUCGUCGGCAGCCGAAAUACUGCUGGAUUCAUUGACAGUGCGCGCCGUGCGAUCGGCUGCCUUCUCAGCUAACACGUACAAUGUAGUCAAAGUCACCGGUUGUACAUUCCACCUCAUUCAAGGAGAGGCUUUUUCCCAAAAAUCUCUAAUAAAUAAUCUACAAAUACAGGGCUCUAAAAUACAUGACCUGUGCUCCAAAGCCCUGCAAUCUGCUAUUACGAAACUCAGCAUUUCUCAUACUAGAUUUGAAACCAUCCAACCUGGAGCUAUCAAUACCACAGUAGCUUCAGUGAGCUUUACUGACUGCGAAUUUUUUAAAUUCAUGAGAAGAGGUUUCGUGUUAUCUUCAUGGAAUAACCUGAAUAUGGAACGAAACAAAUUUGCCGGGUUAGAAGAGUAUGCCAUAAUAGCUCCUACCACGACCGUAAAUGAUUUGUCUUUUGUUGAGAAUGAAAUUGAUAAUCUGGGCGCAAACAGUCUGACAUUCAUAGGUCAAGCUUAUGCGAGUCGAUACGCAAUGAACGUUAUGUACCUCAACAAUUUCUAUGGAGAACCGUGUAAUUGCAACAUAAGCCUGUGGCUUGCGAGCGCUAUGGGUUCUCCAAAUGGGGAACCAUAUGAACGAGAGAGUCACUGCACAGUAGAUAAAUUUUUUGCCCGAUGCUUCAAUGAACCUGAGCAAAAUAUCCGUUUCGAAAAGUUUAUCGAUAAAGUGUGUAGUGACAAAUCAAUCAUUCAAUGUGAAGGGUAUAAAACGAAGACUCAAGGCAAACCAACGGAAAUAAAAAAUCCAAGAUUUCCGCCUAAGAAUGAAGACUCACUAUCGGAGAGAGAUAAAAAAGUGAUAGGCAUUGUCGUAGUGACUGCUUUAGGAUGCAUCAUUAUAGUAAUGUUAAUAAGUUUCAUACGUUGUAUGAAACGGCGAGGUUAUUGCACAAACUUAAAGAAUUUACUAUUGUCUGACUCGAGAUGUGGGUGUCUUUGUGAUCGGUUAUGCGGUUGUGGAACACAUAGCGGACUGGAUAAUGCUCAAUCCAUAUCUCAAAUAUCAGUGAAUGAAUAUUCAGAACGUAGGUGUCUAAACGAACCAAAUAUGCAAGAGAUUGCACUUGAGACAGUCCCUCCGGCUAUGCUUUCUGUAGAAGUUACUAAUACCCCAAUGGAUGACAAAAUCACACAAACUCUUCCCGAAGAAUUGACAAAGGAACUACUGGAAAAUUUAAAAGAAAAGCUUGAAGAUCCUGAAAAUUAUGUAGAAGCCCGUGAAAUGAUAGAACAUCUUUAUGAAUUAGUAAAAGUCGAAGAGAGCUGCAAUACUAAUAGUUCAACUAUCCCAAAAGCCGAGGAAAACAUAUAUGAAUUGCCAUUCCAGAAUACUACGCCCCGAAUAGGAAAAAAUAAGAAGCAGAUGAUAAGUGUUGGAACAAGGACACCAUCUCUAGAUAAAUUACAACCGCUUUCACCAUACAACAGACAAACGGCAUUAGCUCACGAGUACUUUGAACCCAAAGAUUUCGCAGUACAUUUAUAUGCAGAGAUAGCUAAUUGUGAUAAAGAAAAACGAUCUUUGCUAGGAGCUAUUCCUGAUAUCGUCGAACAAGUUGUGCCCAGGGGACCUUAUCUGCGCGCCAUUCAUGCUAAAAAUUCUAUUCCGUGUACUUCUCCGUCAUCUAAAUCGUAUAAUAGUACUACAAAGAGUCCAAGUACCACGAGUGGCGGUGUCACUAGCUCGAUGUUGAAUUCCUCUACGGUGAAAUCCAAUAAAUCAACGGGUUCCGGUUCUUCUGGUAAAAUGGUCAACCGACCUUUGCCAGAAAAACCAAUAAAUUUGAAUGCGAAUGACGGUACUGCUGUCUCAUUCAAAGUCAAAUAAAGAAAAAGAUUCAGAUCGCGGAAUAACCGAAUAUAAGGUCUUGUGAGCCAUGGUUCAUUACAAUAGACGAACUCGUGACAGAGCUGCCAGCGCUCCUGACCAGAGUUAUGCGAUUAAUUUGCUGUGAUAUUAAUUUUGAUUAUUUUAUCUCAAUCUUUGAAUGUAUGUGUCAUGCCAGACACCUAUUUAAGAUUUAUUUGUAAAUAUUUUGAGUUAUUUUUAAGGCCCCAUAGCCAUAACGUGCCACCCAUUAACGUUAUAUAAUGCUUCGUUUAUUUGUGCUUUAUAUUAUAGAAUAGAUAGAAAUCAAAUCUACAUUUAUAUUAGAUAAAUCUUUAAAAAACCGUAAAUAUUGAACGUUGUGUGAACAUUGACUAUGAUUAUAAAAACUCAAAUCACUUUUUAACAGACGGCUUAACUUUUUAAUCAUUGGAUAUUUGAUUACUUUGAGUGUAUUCAAAUUUAACAUAACCUUAUUAUAUGUAUCAUGUUUAGUCACUAUGGUGAUAUUAACUUUUUUCGUCCCAGAGGUUAGUGAUUUUUUAUUUUAUUUUUCCUAUAGACCAAUAAUAAGGUAAAUUUUGUUUGUAAUGUAAUUAAUGUAAUGUAAUGCUAUACCAGCCCUUAUAAAGACUACGCUAGGUUUUCUUUCGUUAAAAAGUUAUUUAAUAUUUGUUAUAUUAUGAAAGAGAAACUGUACAUCUAAUCUGCCGCUCAAUGGGCAUUUACUUUAUGUUUAAAGUUCUAUUUAUUUUUUUACUGCCAUCUCAGAGCAUUGUUAAUGACGUGGUUGACUAUUUAAGAUAAAUACUAUAAAGAGUGUUAUUAUAUCUAAAUAAUGGAAACAUUUUAUAUACUCGUAAUAAGAUCAAACUAAAUAUUAAUAGUGUGUAAAAAGCUGCAAAACUUCUUUUAACUAUAUAUCUUUCGAUUCGAUUUAUGAAUUAAAUAUCGAAUUUUCCAUUUCCCAAUAUCUUAAAUAUUGGAUUAAUUAGUAACUUCAUUAUAGUUUGCGUGCGUGUUAACGUACUUAAAUCGAUUAAAAAUAUAUAUUAAUAUCUAUGUGGAAAAUAAUAUCGUAAAUUUAAAGUUAGUCAUUUGAUUACAUUCGACAUGGAUGUCGGUAGAUUUGGAUGUUAUUUAAUAAAAUAAAUUAUGACACCUUUUGGGAGAAGUCACUUUUUGGUGUUAAGCUUUAAACGCUAUUUAUAACGGUAACGUAACAGUCAAUGUAAUGUCACAUAUUAGUAAAUGUGUAGUUAUAAUCAAUCACGCCAUGCGUAAUAAUAAUGAUAAAUAAAUCAAAGAAUGUUCUUAUUGAAUGUGUAGUAGUAACCACGCCAUGUGUAAGAAUUUUAUGUUAAUCGAUGAAUGUUCUUGAAAAUAAAUGUUGAUUGUGAUUAUG